ACUACGCACCGCAGCUGUUCGCUAUCAUAGAAAUCUGUGAGAGAAAAGGAGUGGUGAUUAGGCUGUCUUUCGCAAAAAUUUAUGUUUUAUAUAUGGUUCCCGGUCGUUUUGACACCUGUGCUUCUAAUAUUUAAUGCAUUAAGUUGUUACCCGUGUUGUAUAUCGUCGGCAGUGUCGAAUAACCGUGUUAAAUGGUGUAAUUAACGUUGUUAACUUUGGUUAUGACGUUUACUACGUUUUUUGCAUGUGUGCGUGUGUAUUCAUCGUGACAGCGUUGCCGCCGAUUGUUGGAGCGAAUCUUGUAACGGGAUAUUUUGUGAGAAUGCUUGUUUGGAUCUAAAUACGGCUACAAUACGCCGUGAAAAAGAUCACAGGAAUCAAGAUGGCGUCUAAGAUUGCGCGCCAAAACCCGCGCUGCGGACGCCAUCUUUCAACUCGCGAUAACCGCUUCCUCGGUUUGAAUUGGUGUUCGGACCGAUCGAAAUAGUCUGUGAAUCGGUGAAUGUGAUUGGCCAGUGACGCUUGCUAGUGAUGUGAUAGUGUUUAGUGUGGUGCAGUGUUGUGUUACGAUGUCGGAGGAGAGGUCGAGGCGGCUGUCGCAGAUCUUCGACCCCCUGUCGAGGUUCACUGACCACAGUGGCGCUGGGCAGUCCUCCAGUACUCCGAACAGCCCCCGGUUGAUGCCCAGACGGUCGAGGGAUCCACCGCCGCCACCGCCCAGACCGUUUGCUCACUCUUCCCGCGUGGAUCCGUUGGAGUACGAGUUGGCUGCCGCAGACCUUGGGUCUGUGAACUGGCAGGAGAGGUGCUUGGAGCUGCAGCUGGAGUUGCACAGGAGUCGACAUCAAGCCACGCGGGUACGAGAUAUGCUGAGAGAUAAGCUUUCGGAGCUCGAGCAGCGAGUCCUGGAGGCUGAAGGGAGGGCAGAGGAGGCGGAGGAUAAGGUCCGCGCCAUGGAGCAGCGGUUGUGCGAGUGGCCGGCGGCGGGUGCUGAGGGCCCACCUAAAGCCAUCUCGCGGCUUGAGGGCCAAAUUGAAGAACAGAAGCAGCUGCGACUUCAGGACGCGAAGCAGGUGGAAGCGAAAGCCGCCAGGAUCAAGGAGUGGGUGACCAACAAGCUCCGAGAAUUGGAGCAGCAGAACCAGCUGCUUAGGGAGCAGAACGACCGGUGCAAUCACCAGCUCGAGUUGCUCAGGAACCAUAUAGCCACACAGGGCAGCAGGAAUUGUGCUUUCCUACCCUCCCGGGGAAGCCUGUCCCUCGAAGUGAGGUCGGAGGACGGGGCUCGUGCCUCCUCAAGCCUUUUGGCAAACAAUCGGCGACGCUCUGAGAGUCUAGAAGGCCCCCAGUUGCCAAUAACAUCGUCGGAGCCCCAUUACAGUACACCGGUACGGCAUAGAAGGAACCUGUCCAUUGGCACCACAAACUUAACACAGAGCAACGUGAACAGUCAACUUAACACCAUGAACAAAACCAUGGACGAGAGGACCACUGCCAGUCUGCUUGCAGACGAUUUAGCUGCUGCUGUUGAAAAUUUAGUGGUGUUACCCACCACCCCAAACACAUCCACAGAUGGUGAUACAACACAUGAUUAUGCUGAAAUUUAUACACCAAGCAGAGAACGAACGCCGGCCUGGCAGAGUGUGAACGUGAUAGUACAAGGCAACAGUCGCGGUGGCUCUUCCACGGGAGACAGCUCGACGUCCGAACAGCCCAGGCCACCAACGCCACCUUUGCACCGAUUCCCCAGUUGGGAGGCCAAGAUAUACCAGGUGGCAGACGAUGGUCUCCAGCAGUCGGUAGAGGAGGAGCUCAGUCCGCCGCCCUGUCCGCGCGCCAUGCACGAGUCGACCAGCUACCAGGACAUCUCCGUGCCCGUGUAUGCUACUGUUAAAGGGCGCGCUAGUCAAAUCCGGUCGAUGCCGUUCACGGGCGACUCGUCGGACGACUCAUCGGAUGGAGAGGAGUCCAUGGGCGUGACUGUACACAAUACACCACAUCACAAUCCUAUUUAUGGUCAGUCAUCACAAAUGCCAAUCAACAACGUGAACCUCACAAACGUGCUCCCAGUAUCAAUACAACAAACUUCAGGCCCACACGGGCUGGUACUGAACAACACGAACGGACAGUGCAGUUCCUCUGACACCAGUCUAAGUGCUAGUAGCCCUUCUAAAAGUGUCAAGACCAGUUCCAGUUUGAGCCCCGCUAAGAGGUCCAGUAGUGGGUCACCAAGCAAACAGAGCAAGACUAGAGACACAUCUUUCGAAUCGGGCAUGUCUGAUGACUACGCCAUACCACCCGACGCGGUCUCGUGCGAAGGCAGCGGCGCGAGAGACUCCCCGAGAAGACACGACGCGUUGGAGAAGAGCGGCCAUCUUGCCAAAUUGGGAGGGAAACUCAAAACUUGGAGGAAGAGAUGGUUCGUGUUAAAAAAUGGCACUCUCUCAUAUUGGAAGUCUCAGUCAGAGGUGAACAGAAAACCCCAAGGUCAGAUCGGGUUGGGCGAGGCGUGCAAGAUAUCGCGCAACGAAGGGGCGGCUACCUUUGAGAUCUUCACUGGGAGUCGCACCUAUUACCUCACCGCCGAUAGCAUCGCCACUAUGGAAGACUGGAUUAGAGUAUUGCAGAACGUCCAGAGGCGAAAUGCAACGAAACUCCUGCUCAGCAAGGAAGACAACAAGCCCACGAUCCAGGGCUGGCUCACCAAGGUGAAGAACGGACACGCCAAGAAGAGCUGGUGCGUGCUGCUCGGCAAGAUGUUCCUGUACUUCAAAUCUCCAGCAGAUCAGAACCCAACGGGUCAGAUCAACAUGCGUGACGCGCGCGUCGAGGACGUUGAGCACGUGUCCGACUCGGACUCUGAGGAGAAGAACGACGACGGCAGGAACCUCACCGUGGCCAUCUACCCGCAGCACCAGGUCACCGGGGGUCCAACAUACCUCUUGUUCGAGAGCAAGGCGGACAAGGACUCGUGGCUGUACCACCUCACCGUGGUGAGCGGCGGCGGCCUCAGCCAGGGCACGCACUACGAGCAGCUCAUACAGAAGCUCAUGGAGACGGACGGAGACCCUAAUUGUGUGCUGUGGAGACAUCCAAAUUUACUAUACUCGAAGGAAAACAUAACUACACCGUUGACGUCUUUGAACUCAGAGGCGUUGCAAGCAGAAGCUUUAAAGUUAUUUAAGUGCGUACAGCUGUUCAUGUCCGUGGCAGUCGAGCACGCGGGCAUCGACUACCACGUGGUGCUGGCGCAGAACGCGCUGCAGCAGUGUCUCGAGGUGGGCGAGCUGCAGGACGAGCUGGCGUCGGCGCUGUGCAAGCAGACCGCGCCGCACGCGCCGUCCAAGCACGGCGUGCAGGUACGCGCGCGCUCCCGACACCGCCAACUGCUACUGUGCGCGACCCAGUCGUUGUUCACUUGCGACACGGGCGCGUCCUCAGUCGGCGGCGACAACAAGAGCGACCUCCCGCAGAACUCUGCCGGAUCGCCAAGCUCGAUACAGGCGCCAUUGCUAUCGGUGGACUGUAAGAGUAACCCGCCGACGUACAGCUUCGUACAAGGAUGGCAGCUGUUAGCUUUGGCUGUCAGUUUGUUUGUCCCGAGGAAUAACAGGCUGCUGUGGUAUCUCAAGCUGCAUCUCAGCAGGCAUGCUGAUUCUAAGACGGAGUGCGGUAAAUACGCGGCGUACUGUUCGCGCGCGCUGGAGCGAACUCUACGCAACGGCGGGCGCACCGACAAGCCGUCGCGUAUGGAGGUGCUCUCUAUACUGCUCAAGAAUCCCUACCACCACUGUCUACCUCACGCCAUUCCUGUACACAUGCUGAAUAACACUUACCAGGUGAUAAGCUUCGAUGGUUCAACCACAGUAGAGGAGUUCCUAUCAACCCUGAGCACGGAGCUAGGCUGCCGGGAGUCUAGUGCUUCUGGCUUUGCUCUCUUCAGCGACGACCCCAUUGAGAAGGACCUGGAACAUCACAUUAAACCCGACAAAAAGUUAUGUGACGUGAUAUCGAAAUGGGAGACGGCGCUGCGAGAGAAGGGCUCCGGCAAGUUCGAGAACUCGCGCGUCAUCCGACUGACGUACCGCAACCGAUUGUACUUCAAGAACUCCAUACGCACUGAGACGGACAAGGAGAGAUUGUUACUCUGCUACCAGGUUAACCAACAAGUGGUCGCGGGAAGGUUCCCCGUGACGCGGGAGCUAGCGGCUGAGCUGGGGGCUCUAAUGGCUCAACUGGACAUGGGCGACUAUUCCGCCUCCAACACGCAACACAACCAACCGCUCGCGCACAGGUUCUACCCCUACCGGUAUAGAGCCGGCCUCAACAACGACGAGCUUAGAGACGUUGAAGAAAAGCUCCGCUCGAAGUGGGUAGCGCUGAAGGGACGGAGUACCGCCGACUGUGUUCGGAUAUACCUCAAUUGUACGAGGAAAUGGCCUUUCUUUGGUGCCACGCUGUUUCAGGCCCGGAUAAAACAACCGGACCUCUCAAUGGUGUGGCUGGCGGUCUCCGAAGAGGGGGUCACGGUGUUAGAGCUGGCGUCCAUGUCAGUCAUCGGCAGAUACGCCCUUAACUCCAUAGGACUGUUCGGAGGGCUGCAGGACGAUCUGAUGAUGCUGAUCGACGCCGAGGACGCGACCAGUCCCGUACACAAGAUGUUGAUCAGUCUCAAUAAGCCAAAAAUGGCAGAGCUAACCCAUCUAAUAGCGGACUACAAGAACGCUCUACUACGCACCGGCGGCACGGGCACUCCGCAGAUGAACUCUCUAACCCGCAACGGGAGCCAUCGCUCCGUGCGCAAACCCCCCUCAACCCUCCCACACUCCACCCCGUCGACCCUCCCCCAUCCCCUCACGACAUCACAUCACACACAUCAUCACAACACUCUCAACUCCCAUGCAACAACAAUGACCUUAGGGUCCGAUAGGAAUGCAACACUAACACUUAGCUCUCAUACAUCUACGUUUAACCAACAUAUAGAAGCGAGGGUGUUGUCACACGGACAGCCGGACAUAUUGAAGUCGACCCCCGACCAUCACAGAAGUGAAAAGAAGAGAAGUCACACCCAAGACAGUGGAGUCGCGUGAUUCAGGCUGUAAGUCGGGACGUGUGAAGUGACUUUAUAAGUGUCGGUGAGUGUAACACGGCUGUUUUAUAAUGUUAGCGUUUAUGUGUGCGGUUAUUUUUUUUAUUUGAUUACUCGUUCAGAGCUACCUCGUUGUGGAUUGAGUCUUAAAUCAUGGUUAGCAUGUAGUGUUGAUAAUAUUUUAUCGAUAUACCUAACCUGAAGGCCUAUUCACAAUAUCGAUAAUAUGCUGUACAACACUACAUGCUGUUGUAACUUUCGUGCAAGCUUAGUGUUAAUGUUUUUUUUAAUUUCUGAUAUCGCGAAUUUUUCUUUUUUUUGAAAAUGAUGAAAAAAUAUGACUUAAUAAAUAUAAAUUUAGCCAAUUUUUCUGUUAUUUUCUGAAUUAAAUUUAGAAUUCUGUAUUAUAUUUAGGUUGUUGAUUGGUUUGUGAUUAAAAAUAGCUUUCGCCUUAGUUGAGAUUUUUUUUCUUUUUACACUUUUUUUUUUGACAAUUGUCUAUAUGGAAUAACAAAUGACAUGAAAAAUGACAUAAUAAUAAUAAACAAAUAUUAUUAUUAAUUGAAUAUGUGAAAAUAUGUUGUUUAUUAACAUGUAAAACAGUUGUGUUAUAUUAAAAACUUAAUAAUAACGAAAAAUACCAUUCCCGUACUAACGCGAUCAUUUUAAAUAUACCUCAUAUUAAGUAGCGUUCUAACGAGUCAACAUUUUAUAUAAUUGGCUUGUAUUUUAGUUUAAUUCUUUAUUUUUUAAGAUCAAAAACGUGAUGAAAUAUUAUGCGGCCAGCCGUCUGUUAUAAAACUGUCAUUUGGAGAAAGUUAUUUUCCUAUAUAUAUUUUUCUGGAAAGAUCUUGAUUUGAUUACCAGUUGAACUUGACUAAGUUGUUUUUUCCGAAUUGAUUUGAUGAUCUGAUCUGACGAGGUUCUGAUUGGUGUAGCACCGUACUGCCAAGCGGUUUAGCGUUCCAGUACGAUAAAUCUGUCAGAACUAUACGGUAUAAAAAAAACAGUUAAACCAUCUUAGACUACAAUCGCAUCUGACAUUAAGUGACGACGAUUGCAGUUAAUCUGUAACUUACGAGCAUUAAUUACAAUUACAAGUUUUUCAAUACAAACAUACAGUAAGAAUACAUAUACAAAAUUAUAUUUACAUACGAGUAAAGCUAUACAAAAUUUUGUUUGCGGACAACCGCGCGGCUGACCGCAGUGAGAAUAACCGCAACGCGUAUUACUUAUAAGUUGACAACGGUAGCUUAAAUCGCUUCAAGAGCUUACAUUUUGUGAAAGAAUUUUUUACACAACGCAAUCCGACCGCUUUUAGGUAAAAGUAGCCAAUUAUAUACAGGAUAGUUUUACAUGAGUCCGUAUGAGAUUGUUACAAACAUUGAGAUAAAUCCAAAAUAUCACUAAGAUACAACUAAAUCACUUAGAUAAAACUUAAACUAAAAAGGACGAUGGGUCUACCUCGAAUUUUAUAUAUUUAAAGUAACUCCACUUUAAGUGGUUAUUCCAUUACAAAUUUACCUAGGUCAUCGAGAUUCUGGCAAUUUCUUAGGAUUUGUCCUAUUUUUUUUUUAUAAUAUUACAAAAGACUUAUUUAAAUUCUUCAAGCCGUACUCGAGUUAUAACCUAACUAACAGCUAUUCAUUUUUAUUUAACAUUGUACAAUGAUUAAUUUCUAAUUACUAUCAUAUUUAAAAAAUGGUGAUGUAAGGUUGAAAAAUCGGUCGAAUAUCGCGGCUAGCUUUGAAAGUUGUCAUUCAAACUCAAAAAAAAAAAACAUUUGGAUAAGAAUGUUUUUGGUGAUAUUUUUGGAUUUUCAACUAAUAUUUUUAGAUGAGUUAUCUAAAUAAUUGACUACGGACACUUGGCAUUAUGUAUGCAGAAAUUAAUUAUGUGCUUAUUAUAUUGAAAUUGGUCAACAAACAGAAACACAGAAUACAUUAUUAUGUAUUCUCUAUUGAGAAUAAAUAUAAUUUAAUUAAAUAUGUGUAAUAUAAUUUAAUUUAAUUUACACAUAUUUAAUAAUUGUAAUUUUUAUAAUUGCAAUUUUACCAUACCGGGACAAGCGGGUUGAUUUGAAACAUUUCAUAUGUGAUAUGCCAAUUAAUUAUCAAAAUGUUCAGUUUGUUGGUAAAUUCAAAGAAUUAGCUUCAACUGGUAAAUUAAAAGCAUUCUUUAUUUUAAUAAAACUCGUAAAUACAUAUUUUGAAACGUUAAUAUACAAUCUCGCAAAUAUCUAAUACAAAAAAUCUAGCUCUUUCAAAUACAAUACUUCUAAUGUCUGGCCGCUCAGAGAUUGCGUUUCUGACAGUUCGUGAUCAAAUGGGCGAUGUAACUUCAAACUGGCGUACAAGGUUGAUCUGCGCUCUUUCAAGGUUAUGCCAACUGCUAGUCUUUGUAGUGAUGACACAAAAAACGAGGCACUUGUAACUAAAUAUCACGACCUAUCAGAAAUGCAAUCUCUGAGCGGUCGGAUAUUAAUAAACUUGACUUAUAGGAUGUGUUUUUUAGAAAGUCAAGUAAACAAAAAUUAUUUUAUAUGACCAAUUUGAAUAUAAUGCCCACGAUAUGAAUCCUUAUAUACAUUAUACAUAUGUGCAGGGUAUAAUUAAAUAUGCUAUGUAGUGGUCGAGUAGUUGUAGUAUUUAAACUUCUACGACAUAGUAAUGUGUAGUAUUUCCAAAGAUAUAAAUAAAUUAGCGUCGUAUGACAAUGAUUUUAUAACUGAAGGGCAUAGCUGGGCACCGUUAAUCAAAUAGUUAACUUUGUUAAUCGUUAAUCCGCUACAAAAAAAGUUAGCUUCGUUAAACGUUAAAGCGUUACAUUCCGGAAGAAUUAACGCAAGUUAAUGUUAAUCGUUAAUCCGUUAAUAUGACUGGUUAAUAUUGCAUUUUUAUAUCAUUGUGUGAGAUCUACAUUGGAAAAAUAAGGGUGAACACUGGGGAAAAGUGCCAUAAGUUGAUUUUAUCUAUAAUUUUAACAUAAAUAUAGUAAUUUGUUGAUUUCUUUGAAAAAAAUUCUUUCAUCAUUUCUUACUUGUCUAAGCCUGUUAAUCGCGUUGCGCGGUAAAUAGUAGGCAUUGGAUUAACGAUUAACGGACUUCUGCAUAUUAACGGAAGUUAACGGGUCCGUUAACAUUUUUAAAAGUUAACUUAAAAGUUAAUCCGUUAAUCAAAAUGUUAACUUCGUUAAUUAACGAUUAACGGGUUAACGAGUUAAUGCCCAGCUAUGCUGAAGGGAUUUUGUGGUGUGAAUUCAGUCUAUACAAAACUUUGUCUUUAAAGAUCGUGCGCAACUUAUUGUUAUGUCAUGCCUACGGUCUCCGUGGCGCAGUGGUAUGCGCGGUGGAUUUACAAGACGGAGGUCUUGGGUUCGAUCCCCGGCUGGGCCGAUUGAGGUUUUCUUGAAUGGAAGCUUCGGCCGUGGCUUGUUACCACCCCUGCGGCAAAAGACGCCAAGCAAAUCCUUCUAAUAAAUUAGCUCGCUUCCAUUUUAGAUAACAUCAUCUCUUACCAUUAGGUAAGAUUGUAGUCAUGAGCUAACUGUUAAAAAUAAAAGUUAUAUCGUCUAUCCGAGGAAGUAUUAAAAUAUUAUUGAAUAAAAAGUAUUAUAAAGAAAGAAUCUUUCCUACGCAUCUUCCCACCCAAGGCAAGGCAAGGCCAAUAAGUUACGUUCGAUCUAACGAUGUGAAUGAUACGAAUGACUUUGUUUUUUAUAUCAUAUGAUCUGCAACGAAUCUCUUGUAUAUAUUAUAAACUAAAACGACAUUAAUUUUGUAACAUUUGUCUAUUUCGCGACUUGAGAGUGCUAAUUGCAUUAUGUUUACAACAAUGGUUUUCUUCGCGUUUCGAUGCGUCUUGCUACCAUAGUCUGCGGCUAGCUUUAGACGAAUAUCGUUUUAUAUCGGUGUACUCGAAUAAUAUAGUUUAUUGUGCAUUUUUUGCAUAUUAUUAGAAUAAACAACAAAUAUUUAUUAUAUAUGACUUGAGUAUACUACGUUUCAUAAUUAGAGACCGAAAUUUACACAACUGGCAACAACUGUUAAGAAAAAUAAUAAUUUUUAUAAAUAAUAAAAAUAGUGUUACCAGCUUCUCUUACUAUGUUACAAUAAUAAUUAUUAUGUAAUUAUUUUGCACAAUGCAUGAAGAUCUAAGUUAGGUAUUUAAAUAAAUGUAUAGGUAACAUUUAAGAAAUUUUACAAUUGAUUAAUUAAUAACUGACCUGUGUGUGACCCUAUUGGGCGAUGUACCGCCUCUGUAUGAAAUCUGUCUGUAUUAAACCAAAGAAGUACGAGAUUAACUUAGCAUUCUAAUAAACUGGUUAAUUUGUAUGAGAUUUGCAUCACAUGUGAAUAAAAAUAUAAAAAAUGUAUAAUAUUUAUUGACAUUGCAUAGCAAGUAUGUAAUUUAAACGAUCCACGUUCCUUGCUAUCACUGAAAUCAAAAUUUUUUGACACUCAAAAACAUAAGACAGAACUUAAACAUAAAUAAAGAAAGAGCUGUAAAAAAAAGUUAAUCAAAAAUAAUAUAUUCAUGUCCAAAGACAAGAAAUAAAUAUCAAAAAACAUUCUUCAUUGUGUGUUAGAGUAGCAUCGAAAAUGGGCUAAUCGUAAAGAGCUACAUAUAAAAAUGGCGACUAAUUAGAUGUAGUUUUCUAAAUAGUAGAAUUCAUUGUCCAUAUUGUUAAAAAAAGUAUUAAUUGUAUUUCGACCAAAUCGCUUCGUAGGCCGAACCGAACGGGUAUUUAAUAUGCGAUUGUAGCUUGAAAUUCUAGUGUAAAAUAAUCUAGACCUUGGGUAUCUUUUUGAGUAUAAAAUAUAAAAUGCAUAUGUUUUAAAAGUUUCUGUUGUCAUAAAAUUCUGAUAAUACCGAAAUGUCAAAAUCGACAUGUCAAUUAUAUUUAGAUAUGUCAACAUUAUUAAUAUUUUUACAUAAAAUCCAAGUUUACAUUAAGUAAAUUGCCAAUUUUGGAUCAUAUUUAGAAAUAAUUUAUACUCGAAAACUUCAUACCAAGGUUUAGAGAGAUAUUUUUACAAGUCAGCAGAAGUUACAUUGGAGUUAAUAAUUCAUUAACUUGACUAAUAUAUCUAUAUGAAACUACAACUUUUUCAAUACUCCAUUGUAACUCUGUUCACUUGAAAACCUACAUAUAAAAUGUGAUUCAAAAUGGUGUAAUUGAUGUAACUUACAUUUUUGACAGUUUAGUAAUAGCUUACUGUCAAAAACGAAGCUUCGUUACAAAUUACCCCACUUUAAUGCAGAAAUCCCAAACUGCAAAUCCAUUGCCAGAUAUGCGCAUAAAGCUGGUAAAAUGGGGUAUUAAAAAAGAUUGUAAAUAUAAAUACUUGUAUCUUGAUAAGGGUGUAUAUGAUAAUGGUCGUAAUUUAGGCGCUUAGUAUUUUUUUUUAUAUUAGACUUGGUAAUUUGGCAGUUUGGGAUUCUCUGAACUAUUGAGGAGAUAACUGAUGAAAAGUUGCUAUCUGCAAUCUUCUUUAGAACUCAAUCCAAGACUACGUACAGUUGUUCUGCUAUUGAAAUCUGUAUGAUAUUGACAACCUAACUAUAGAAUUUGUGACGUCAUAUCAUACAUAUCUAUAUAAUAAAGUAUAUUUUAACAAAGAAAACUGUGUUUGAUAGUCUUGGAUUGUUUCCCCAAUCUAGUUAUUGGUGUUCCUAAAUGUAUAAUUUUGUAAGGUCUAAAAUCGCGUAUUUGUUACUCCCAGUUCGUGCGAAGUUCUGAUCUUAUAGAAGUUUCCAAGUGUUCCAUAUUAUAACAAUUAAAUAUUUUUAAAAAAAUUUGGGAUUUAAAAUCGAAUCCUUAGAUAUUCCUUAGAUAUUUUUUUAAAUAAAAAAAGCGAAUUUUUUUUACUUUUUUACUUUGAUUGUCAGUCACUUUAUCAGGUCGUAAAUUUGUAGUAAAAGUUAAUUUUUAUUUAUUUAUUAUUUAAAAAUGUUUUACAUGGCAUUGGCAACUUCUAAAAAAUUAGACCUUAACUUUGAGCUCGCAAGUGAUAAAAUAUCUCAACUGCACUUUUUGCAUAACACGAAAAAAUAAUAAACUGUUGAUAUUAUUGUGUAUAGAAUAUAUUAUUAUAACUAAUUACGUAUGUUUUUUAGUAGAACUUGUUUUGUGUUUUCUUAUGUAAUAUUUUUUAAUGUUAUCUGUGUAGGAAAUAAAGCUAAAUUAGGUUGUAAAUCAAUCAAUAAUAAUUUAAGUAUUUAUUUGUUUGAUUUUUUUAUGUAAUUUUUUGAUGAUAUUAUUAUGUAAUUUUGGUUGUUAAUUAGAAAUUGGUUUACUGGUACUUUUAUAAUUUUUUUACAUUUUGUUGAGAGGCCUAAUGCGAUGUGAUUUUUUAUGGCCUAAGUUUUUUGUAUGAUUGAAUUUGGAAUUUGGACGAAUUUUUUUAAGAUGCAACAAUAAACGUAUUAUCGAAGCGAU